AUGAGCAGUGUAAAGAAACCUUUUCAACGACUUCCCACAAGCGUGCUGCCAAAGAACUACAAACUGACUUUGCAGCCAAAUCUGACAGAAUUUACCUUUACUGGAGAAGAAGUAAUCGAUGUGGAGGUAAUAUAACCGUGGCAGGAUUAAAGAAAUAUAUAUAAUAUGUAAUUGUGUUCACGUGCAGGUUGAAUUCUAUCUUUGAUUAAAAGUUUGUUUCCUUUGGGUAUCGGACAUACCAAAAUAUUUGUAUGAUAAUCAAGUGAUUUCUGCAAAAUGUGAGAUUAGGUAAUACUUCAAUGAGGUUUGAUAGCCAGUAAAUGAAUACAAUAUUAAUUCCCUUUUUACAUUUACAGUUUCUAUGCCAUUGUGAUGUUAAUGUGAAGAAUUUUUUAACUUGAGGAGAUGCUAGAACAAUUUCCUCUCCUUUCCUUUCCUCCCCCCUUAAUCCUGCCCCUUUUGCCGUUUAAGGGUGCGGUGGUGACUAAAUUUUACGAUCACGUACCUAGGACAGUUCCAUUAGGGCCUAAAGCUAUAAACUCUUGGCAUAAAAGUAUACAUUGAAGCAGUGUUACAAAAAAUCCUCAACUUAUGUCUCUAGCUUGUUGGUGAUCACACACUAACUGUUUCAUAUGCAGGCUGAUGCAGCACAGAAGUCUCUUUUAACAAUUAACAAUCCUGCUAGAAUUUUCACCUUUGUGGAAGUGGAAAAUCUGUCUUUGUUCUUUUUUCUCUGUUUAAGGAAGAUUUUUAAUUGCUUUUUUUUUUUACUUUCUAAUCUUAGGUAAAACAAGAAACCAACAAAGUGAUUAUCAACUGUCUUGAUGUAAAUGUUACCUCAGCCAGUUUUUGUUUUGGAGAACAAAGUAAGUACUAUAACUCUCUACCAGAAUUUUAUGCUACAUUAUGACACUGCUUCAAUAAUGGCUAACCUUUUAUAUCUCAAAUAAAGAUGUGGGUGCUGUGCUUGUUUAAAAUUUUGCCCAAAAAAGGGGGGGGGGGUGCUUAUGGGAGGGUGGAUGGAGGAUGCUUUAUUAAGGGGGCAGUUAUUAUCCCUACUGAUGAAGGAAGGGGGGAUGUUUAUUUGGUGGCAGAUGUUUAUCAGAGUGUGGGCACUUAUUUGAGGAUAUGGGGUAAGUAAAAUUGAUAAUCUACAUUUUUUAAAAUUAAAAUUGUGUUACAGUUUUUGGAAAAUGUCCUCAGGUAUCAGUGGGAGAGACAUGGGAAAUCUCUAGGGGUUAGGAAACCUCAUAAGCUUAUGAACUUGUGAUCCAAAAGUGUUUUUUUCCCAGAGAAUGUUGAUGGACUGGAAAGGGGACAGAAUGCAAAACCAAAAUGCUCUCUAAGGGACUUGUGUAGGGGAGAGAGAGAGUUCCAGGACAAGCAGAAGCUCUUAGAAGCCCCUGAUUCUUGAAAAAUUAUCUUUGUCAGUACCACAGGAAUUGAAGAGAGGGCACUGUGGUCCAAGGUCACCACAACUUCCACAACAAAUGAAUUAAUUAACAAAUUAAUUUAAUGUUUGAUUUGAUUGAGACCUUGAAGUACAAUGUUUCUUUUUCAUUUCAAGUACAAGACCUUACUUAAAUCAUCCAUUUAAUCAAAGUUACUUAAAGGCUGACUUCAACAGUUUAACAAGGCAAUGUUUCUUUUUUUAGGUUACCCUUCCUCAAAUAUCUCUCAUUGUGUUGAGGAUGAAACUGUGGAAAUAAGUUUUGCAUCGCCUCUUCCUUUGGGGCAAGGUGAACUAUGCUUGGACUUCACUGGAGAAUUGAACAACAAAUUGAAAGGAUUUUACAGGUGUAAAUAUACUGGGGAGGAUGGCAGUGAGAAGUUCUGUGCUGUCACUCAUUUUGAGGUUAAGUAAUUUUCCUAUAGUCACAUAAUUGAUCACUGGUUAAAUUAUUUUAAUUAGUCAAUUAUGACCAGUCCUGCAAAUUUUGCACUGCACUGAAAAUUUGUUUACACAUGUCAGUUACAGUAUAAUCUAUUUGCACAUGUAAUAUUAUAUGGUGAUCAGACUAUGAAGUUUCUUUGAACCAGUUGUUAACAAUAACAGUACUUUAUCUCUGUCAGUGAUGAAACCUCCAGGAUUUUAUUUUAAAAAAAUGUUAUAAGUAUUUGCAUUGUUGUAGAGCUGUUUUAUAUCCCUAGUCAUGUAUUUUAACCCUUAAACUCCCAGAGGUGAUUGACAAGUAACUUCUCCCUACAAUAUCCAUGAACUAUCUACCACACAUGUGGUGAGAAUAUUCAAAUGUAUCAGGUAGAAGUUGUUGUCAUGAUCUGACACCAAAUUCUUGUAACUUAUAUACAAGGAAAUGUGUAGCAGCUAGAGGGGAGAAUUAACAAUCAGAUCUUGGGAGUUAAAGGGUUAAAUGCUUGUAAUGUGGAACAUUCUGAUUGUCAUUGGAAUGCUCAUGAAAUUGACUAUUUCUGAUAAUCUUUAUGUAGUUAUUGUGUGAUGGAAUUACAGGGGGUAAUCAUUCUUUAACUUAGAAGGGCUAUCCCUGAUGAUCAACUUUGGGGGAGAAUCUCGAGCUGAUGAAUACAUGCAUUCAUAAAUGAAUUCCAGUAGUUACAUAUUUAGUACUGUAGAUGGUGUUUAGAUGAACUUGAUUUCUAAGUACAAUCAUAUUAAGUUAUGUUUUACUGUAUACAGCCAACAGGGGCUCGUAGAGCAUUUCCUUGUUGGGAUGAACCAGCCAUUCGUGCCACUUUUGAUAUCACCUUGAUUGUUCCAAAGGACAGAGUGGCUUUAUCCAAUAUGGUAAGUACAACUCAGUAAUGGAAUAAUUUGUAAAUUAGACUAAUUCAAUCUAUUGUUUGUGUAACAACCCUUAGCCUAUGGUGACUGUGAAAUUUUCACAAGCUGACUAAUUUGAACAGGAUAUGGAUCCUUGAGUUUAGAGUUGCUAGCAAACUGUACAAUAACUUUAGAAUAUUUUUCAUUGAUUUAGUGACAGAAUUGAUUUAACGUUAUCUACCACCAAGGCUGCUUUUGUUACCUGUGCCCCGAGAACCACAUUAGGAAGCAGUAAAGCAAAUAACUCUUCAAGAAGUGUAUUUCUUGUUUUUUUUCACUACCUACAACAACAACUAUUUUUAACUAUCCCAGAUGUGUGAUCUAUGUCACAAGCCACAUGUUUCCUUUACAAUUAUUGCUUAUUUCUACUUGUUUACGCCCUAACACUUUGUAGUCAGAGUUCAAGUCCUAUACAGAAAGGAUAUCCUAAUGAGAAGAGCUUAUAAGUCUUUAUCUCAUAUUUAAUUCACCUUUUGAUAUGCAAAAAGAGGGAAAUUUUUCUGGUAAAAAAGAAAAAAGAAAAACAAAAGAAACAACAUGGGGUCCACAACACCCUGCCACAGAUAAUGUAAGAAGAAAGUAACUGAACUUCAGCUAAAUUCCAUUUUAAUAAACCUCUUUCAACCUAACAUCAGAAUGCAUAUUCUCCAUACUGUUCUCCAAACAUUUCCAAAUGAUGAUAACAAGGAGAAUUUGUUUAACAAUCAAGAUCUUUAGUUGGUGAUCAUUUCCAUUAUGUUCUUGACCUUGAUGUGUUUUUCAGGUUUUAUUUUGUAAGGAGAAAUUAGAUGCCAGUCAUUUUUGGGGUCAAAUACUCAUUUCUUCAAGACUAGUAACUUGACUCUUAUUAACCUGUAAAGUCAAUUUGAAAUGGAAAGGCAUGCUGCUUAUUUUUUAAAAACAACUUCAUCUAUGUCGUACACAAAUUUCUGUUUUCAGAACGUAAAAGAGGAGAAAGAUCAUGCCGAGGAUACCUCCCUUAAAGUAGUGAAGUAUGCCAGGACACCAGUCAUGUCUACAUACCUUGUUGCUUUUGUUGUUGGCGAGUUUGAUUUUGUAGAAGGAAGAGAUGCAAAUUGGGUAACAAUCAGAGUUUAUACUCCAAAGGGAAGAGAAGUUCGGGGACAGUUUGCUUUAGAGGUCAGUCUUGCAAAGUGCAUUACAAAUUUUUCCCAGUUCACACUUAUCUCAACAAUAAUUCUCCUUAAUGUCUGCUAUACAUUUCCUGUAAUGUUGCUUCUGAGAUUUUGUCGUUGAGUUUAAGAAUAAUGCCCUUAUCAAUAUAUAUCUUGAUUUUUUUCUCAUCUUGUGCCUGCUUAACAGUGUAUUGAUAUUUUAACCCUUUAAUUCCCAAGAUCUGAUUGUUAAUUCUCCCUUCCAGUUGCUACACAUUUCCUUGUAAAUCAGUUAUGAGAACCUGGUGCUAGAUCAAGAUAGCAGCUUCUACGUGAUAAGUUCGAAUAUCUUCAUUUUUUGUAUUACCUGUUUGCUGAAUAAUGUAAAGAUAUUAUAGGGAGAAGUUUCAUGUUAAUCACUUCCAGGAAUUAAAGGGUUAAAGAGAAAUUAGUUCCGGGCUACACCUGGGAGUGAAAGGCUUAAAAUGUUCAGGGAUUAUUUUUGUUAAUUUUUUCCAGGUCGCUAAAAAGUGCCUGCCAUUUUACAAAGAAUAUUUUGGGAUUGGUUACCUUUUACCAAAGCUUGACCUCAUUGCUAUUCAAGACUUUGUCAUAGGUAACUCAGCAUUACUUAUUGAUAUCAAAAUUUGCCUUACUUUUAUAUAUUUUUUAAAACAUUACAUGGUCUCAUAGUAAUAAUUAUAGUAAAGUAAGAGCUCUUCAUUUUGGAUCCUAGUGAUGUCUUGCAGAGCUCUUCAUUUUGGUUCCUACAGUAUUAGGUGAUAUUAAUGAUUAGAAAUAAUUUGGAUUUGAUUAUAUGCCAUUGAAGCCUCCAUUUCCAUAUUCUGUGACAGGGGCUAUGGAAAACUGGGGUCUUGUCACCUACAGGUAUGGAGAGUUUUUUCUUGGUAAAAAUAAUGCUAAUCUAUGUUUUUAAAAAUUUAAUUUGUAUUUUUUAAUUAGCAUCUUUAUAAGAGUGUGGAAAACAGGAGUCAGCAAGCAAUUAAAGUCAAUUGGUAUGCCUUAAGAGGUGAUCAUGUAGAUCAUGUAGAUCAGUGAACUGUCAACAAUAUCAUGAUAUGCAAUUUUUUUUAAAUUAAUUGUUCUAAUUUAUAGUUAUUCACAUCUGACCAUUUCGAUGUUGAUAUUCUUGCUUAAGGGAAACCUGCCUUUUGAUAGAUCCAACUGAUUCUUCUUCAGCAGCUAAACAGUAUGUGGCUUUAGUUGUUGGUAAGUGCAGAAGUAUGUUACUCAUUGAAUAGUUCGGUUAAACGACUGACUGCAUGGAUAGAUGUGUUAACAACUGUUUUCAAAUGCAAUCAAAAGAACACAUGGAAUAAAGCUAAUGAAAGGUUUCUUUUGCAUACAUCCUCUUCUCCAAGUGUCUUUUUACCCUUUGCACCCUAACAUCAGUAAAGUUAUUCUCCAUACUGUUCCCCAAACAUUCCUUAAGCUGCUGUCAAGGAGAAUUUGUGUAACAAUCAACAGCUUCUUUUCUGCUGAUAAUUUUCUUUAUUCUCAUGACCUUACUGCAUGAUUCAGGGGUGAUAUUGUAAGGAGAAAUUAGUUGCUGGUCACUCUUAGGGGUUAAAGGUUAAGAAAGAAGUGGGCAAUUUGAAAGGAGAAUGUAGCAGUAUAUCAGAUCUUACUCAGGGGUUUUUUAUCUUUGAGAUCAUUUGUAUUGAAUCUUCUUAUGUUGCCUCUUAGGUCAUGAACUUGCUCAUAUGUGGUUUGGAAAUUUGGUAAUUAAUAUACAAUUUCAUUAAUAAGUUACCUCCUUCUUGAUUUUAUCAUCAUUAUGAUCUUUGGAUCAUGUCUGCUAAUUUAUUAUGUUGGAAUUAAAUCAAAGUUAAUUUUAAAAUUUAGUAUAAUUAUUCUUUGGUCUUAAAACUCUAAUUUGUUAGUUUUAGUGAAGCAUUGUUACUUAUUUUGUGGGGGGGGGGGGGUGGGUGGAAAGUUUUGAGUAGACAUUAAUUUAAAAGUAAUAAUAACUGUGCUAUUAUUGUACUAGUUUUAAAAUCUUUUAAUUUUGUGGAAAGCUUGAAAAAUCAUCCCUUUAGCCAAGUGUUUUAUCCAUAUUAAAUAAUGUUGUCAAGGUAUCUAUCUCUCUUGAUCCUCUUUUUCAUUUUUGGUUUUUCAGGUGACAGUGGUAAUAUGUCCUUUUAUGUUGCCUCUUCUGGAAAUCUGUUAUUGUUUCCUGAAUGCCUAGAGCAGACCACAUCAGUGACAAGCUCAAGUUUACCCUCAAGAAGAAGCACUCUUUCCACUUUCUCUAAGUUGUUGUGUGCCAUCAAGUUGACAUGGAUUUGCCAGAUUGUUUAAGUUUGAGUGUAUGUCUUCACUUUGUUUCUUUGAUAUUCAAUGACAGGAAUGGUGGACACACUUGUGGCUAAAAGAAGGGUUUGCAUCAUGGAUUGAAUAUCUCCUGGUAGAUCACUGCUUUCCUGAGUUUGAUGUGUGGACACAGUUUGUGAGCACUGAUUUUGCCAGUGCCUUGAAACUUGAUGCACUGAAUAACAGGUACUAAUUAUUUGCAUCAUUCAGACAAGUGAAAAGCUUCUUGUACUGUAGGCAGCAUAGUGCAUGUACAUUGUAGCCACUUCAUUACGAGUUUCAAACCUGUGGCAAAUAAAUCAUGACUUAAAUGAAAUUUGUUAUCAGUUUUAAGUGUUCUGACUUAUUAUCUGUGAUUUUAUAUUUUUCUCUCCCACAUGAUUCCCUUCUGCACUCAAGUCAUCCAAUUGAGGUAAAAGUUUGGGGAAAUAUUUUAUCUUCAUUAAUAUUUGUUGUAAAUUUUGCAUUUGUUCUUUGUUAAUCCUUUUCUUUACCUCUAUGAGAUAAUUUGCUCCAAUGAGCUUUUGAAGAAAAAUGUUAAAAACAAUCUCAGACUUUCUAAUGUCUAGUUUAUAAUGAUGAUAAAUUUGUCUCUGGAGUUUAUAAUUUUUUUUUUGAUGAAGUCUUCCAUUUAAUAAUUUCUGUCAGCAGAAUUCCAAUUGACAUUCCAAUUUUCAGUUUGUACAUGUGUAUCAAUAACAGAUCUGCUGUAACAGUUAUUUACAAGAGUCCACAUGUUAUGUAUUAAGCAGAGAGAUUAAAAUUUUGUGAAUGAUCAACAUGUGGUAUUGAUGUGUUUUAGGUUCCAGUGCAACAUCCAGGGGAGAUAGAUGAGAUUUUCGAUACAAUAUCCUACAACAAGGGUGCAUCAGUGAUCAGAAUGUUACAUCAGUAUGUGGGUGAUCAGGUAAGUCAUUAUCAAGAUUUCAUUUCUCCUUACAGUACUGGUACAUCAGUAAAACAGAAAUUGUUAGAUUAAUAAAGAAAAGAAAUCAAAGCAAAUCCAAUUUCUUACUGAAAUCUCAGAAGUGAGAAAAUGUAGGAAAAAGAUUUUUGUUGUCUUUGCAAUUAACCCUUUAACUCCCUGACAAUUCUUAUGAUGUCAAUUUGGAGAAUUUGGUAUUGGAUCAACCAAUAAUCCCCUAAUUGAUAUUUUACUUUAUUCUCAUCACUUCUAUGCUUGAUAUUGUAUUGAUAUUGUGAGGAGAAAUUCUGUCUUGAUCACUCAUGGGAGUUAUGGGGUUAAAUACUGCAAAGUGGUCCUUCAAGACCUUUCUGCUUUCCAUUGUUUGAAGUAAAGUACACAGUGUGGCAUUCUGAUACAAUUGUAUGAAUUGACCAUCAUUAUUAUUCUUUUAAAAUUUUUUGAAGGAUUUUGAAUAUUUUCUUUCAGUGAAAUAAAGUUUGUAUGGUUAUAACUUUUUUUUUUUGUUUUUUUUUUUAAAGAGCGUUUAGGUUUGAGGCUUUUUCUAAAGCAAACUCAAGAUUCUUACAUCCUUUUCUCUUUGUAAUUGCUCUUCUGUACACUAAAUUAUCACUAUUUCAUCACUUCUAUACACCACAGGACUUUAGGAAAGGUCUAAAUCACUACCUGAAGACAUUUGAGUACAGUGCUGCCUCCACAGGUGAGCUGGGACCAGUUGUUGCUAUUCAUAAUACAGAGCUCUGACCAAGAACCAAUGCUUGAAACGUCAGGUUUAAGAAACUCUUUACGGUGGCCAAUUUACAAUAUCAACCCUGAUAAUAAACCCAAAAUUAUCUUGUUAUACCCCCUUCCGACGCAGCACCACAGUUUCUAUGGAAACGAAUAUCUCCUUUAUUUAUUUGUUUUAUGUAAGCCCUGUGCCCUUAUCGGCGCGCUUUUCUGUUCAGAGUUGUAAAAACAUUAUGGCUCUAUUAUGGGGGUCUAAAAGUAUUUCUUAAAAUUAUUUUAUCGUUACCAUUAUUAUUACAUUUUUUUCACUCUCCAAGAGGACCUCUGGGCCAGUCUGUCUCACGCCAGUUCGAAGCCUGUUGCAGACGUUAUGGAAACAUGGACCAAACAAAUGGGAUAUCCUGUGUUGUCUGUUAAAGCAGAAAAGGUAGGAGCUAAGCUCACCAAGUUACGAUCGUUUCGGUCGCCAUGGCAAGAGGAAAAAACAAUUUUUAAGCGGGGGGGGGGGAGGAAGGGGAGGCUUCAUUUGCAGCAAGAGUUGACAAUUUAAUGACCUAUAUGCGGCAUUCAUGUUAACUGAUAACGUGCUUAUGUUCAUCAUAGAGUUAGGCAAGCUUUGCAUUGGCACACUAACUCAAUCAGGCUUAGUUCUAGUUGCGUUCCGGACAACUUUGCGCAGACAAAUUGUGGAUCAGUAAAGCUACUUAACCUUUUUACCUUUUUGAUAACAAAAUCGACUAUCUCUGUAAACACAACCUUAUUCCACUGUAAUGAGCGCUAGCAGUCACGCGAGACGAAAACGCCUGAUUACUCUUUUAUUUCUCUUUUCAGAAAGGGGAAGAUGUGGUGGUCACCAUAACACAGAACAAAUUUUCGGCUGAUGGAACAACUGAAGGUAAUUGUAAUUAAUAAACCCUGGUGUAUAUUAACUAUUUCCUGAGCAGAGAAGUGCAGAUGUGAUCUUGUCUGUUGAAGCUUCUAGAUUAUUUAAAGAAUCCUCAACGACAAAGAAAACGCAAUAAUUAAGACAAACAUGUAUAAAUACAUGUUAAAAGGGGAAAUAUAGAAUGAAUGCAGGGCCACAGUGAACGAGCCUUAAGUUUCGUUGUCCGGAGAAAUAAGAUUAAAAGAGAAUUCUCAAUUCUUGAUUUACAUAAACUGUUGGAUUUCGCUAUCAGCGGUUUACUUACCCGUGCUUUGUCCUUUUUUUUUUAUUUUUUUUUUUUUGUAAGAUUCUUCCCAAUGGAAAGUACCGAUCACUGUUUGCACUAGUACCAGUCCCUUAGCCCCCGCAGUUGAAACAUUGUUAGAAAAUAAAACCUGUGAAAUAACAGUCAGUGGAGUUGGAAAAGAUCAGUGGGUUAAGGUGAAUUUGUAAGAAUGGCCUUAAAUUACGAUCAGUGAUUUUCAGUCAUGUUUAUCGUUAUGUGUUAAUCGUUUUUAGAUAAUUGUUAUACGUUAAUCGUUAAAUGAUUAUCGUUUUACGUUAAUCGUUAGAUGGUAAUCGUUAUACGUCAAUCGUUAAUUGGUAAUCGUUAUACGUUGAUCGGCUCACUAUUUAUCAAGGAAUCAGAUUUCUAGCCCUGUAUGAAUAAUCGAAUGACAAAUAACUGUGCUUCCCAGCCAGUUGGAUGGGUACCAACGAAUAUACUAGGGGUGGGGGGGGGAGGGGUAACUUAUGACGGACUCACACCGCUUCGAGCUUUCAUAGAAAUGAAGUAAUUAACGUGUAAAAGGUGAAAUCUCUCUCUCUGCAGUUAAAUCCAGGCCAAGUUGGUUUCUACCGAGUACAGUACUCGUCCGACAUGUUGGAGCUUCUCCUGCCGGCCAUAAAGGACAACAGUCUUCCACCAAGGGACAGAUUGGGUUUGCAGAGUGAUCUGUUUGCUCUGGUAUGUUAAUGAGUCCACCUCUAGACAGCUUUCGUUAAAGAAUCUCUUGAUGCAUUUUUCAACUUAAAUUAUUUCUACAAACAAAAGGACUUUUAUGGAAUUAUUCUCCUUUCAUAUUCUCGUAAAAUCCGCGUUAUGAUUUAUUUGUAACAAGCCUACACUUGCAAAAAGUUCUUUAUCGCUAGAACCUUUAUCGGACUGUAAUUGAUCGUGUGAACUUUUAUCUCUCUUUCUCGAAAGUCUUAACUAGAAAACUAGCCAAGAGUUCCAAUUUUAAACAUUGUUCUUCUUUAGGCGCAAGCAGGUCUCACAUCCACAACAGAAUUCCUAAAAUUAGCUGAACAAUUUAGCAACGAAACAAACUAUACAGUGUGGAAUGACCUAACAACGAAUAUGAGCAGCUUGUCGAAGCUGUUGCAAAACACUGGGUUCUACUCUAGCUUCCAGGCCUUCUGUGUGAAGCUGUACGAAAACAUUGCCCAGAAAGUUGGAUGGGACCCUAAAGCUGGAGAAGGUAACAGACAAAGCAAGCUCUCGGAUUUGCUCAUAUUUGUCUACUUCUAAGAGCGUAUACUUCAAGAAUCGAAGGUUCCCUAACAAGGACCAGUGCUAUAAAUUUCAUCCACAGGAUUUCUCAUUUUUAGGUAUAUACGGUAUAUCACUUAAUGCAAAAGGUUGAUGAUUUUAUGGGUAGAAUGGGCAAAUUGUCGACUUUCGCCAGACCCUCUUGCAGGAUCAUGAGACAUUAUCGUCUGUCCUUUGAGAGCUAGGCGACGCACAAAGCCGGCCUCACUAUAUACAUGUGGAAUUAGUAUAGGACGACUAAUUAGGGCGCUAAAUUGAGAGGUCAGGGGUCAAGUCUGGGCAGCUGCUCUGGUAAUUUUGUUGAAGUCUUGUUCCAGACACUGUGCCAACAGUAGCUCUCUCCACCCAGGAGCGAAAAUAGGUAGCAGAAAACUGUCAGGGUAGCCUGACUAAAGGCGCGUGGAGAGGGUAAUUUUUGAUAGAUAAUUAUUGUUACUUAAGAAAGAGAAAGAAGCAGUAUUCUUAAUUCCUUUACGACAGAGAACGUGGCAACAUUCUCUAAGAGUGCAGUGCCCUUGGUGCCGACUUUUAACCUGGACUAGAAUAAUGGGUUUAAUUGUCUACUGUUGUCCUAGGUCAUUUGGAUGCGCUGUUGAGGGGCCUGGUGCUGGGCUGUAUGGGACGCAGUGGUGAUCAAGCAACCCUCGCCGAGGCGCGCAAGAGAUUUGAAGCGCACUGCAAAGGUGAAUCCACCAUCCCGGCAGACUUGAGGUCAGCGGUUUAUAGCACAGUUCUUAAGCAUGGUGAUGAUAACACCUUAGAGUCUGUGAUGAAAUUGUUUAAAGAUGCUGAUCUGCAUGAAGAGAAAGUCCGACUGAUGAGAUGUAUGGGAGCUGUGUCACAACCUGAUUUGAUCAAGAAAGUCCUAGAGUUCUCAAUGUCGGUGAGUCUUGUAGCUUCUGCUUUUAAUUCACGCCCAUUUGGGUUCAAAAGCUUGACGCCUUCAAUGAUGGGAGAGGUUUUAUUCUUUUGGCAACGUGCAAAUUGUUCCUCGUUACUUGAACCUUUUUGUAAUAAUUACACUGACACAAGAGAGUUCCUCUUGGGUUGUGUUGGUUAGUGCUCCCUGUUACAAAGGUGUCCACUUUUCUUGGCAAAAACAAACAAAUAAACAAGAAAUCAAAUCAAAAAGAAACAAACAAGCAAAUCACUAAAAUCGAACACUGUUUGCUCAAGAAUGUUCAAAUGGCCGACAAAACCAUGACUGAUGUCUAAUUUCUCGUUACAUUAUCACUUUUGAAUCAAAUGAAAAGGUCACGAGAGUAAUAGACAUGAUCACUAAUUAGGGGAGCACCCGAUUCUGACACAAAUUCUCCUUAGUAUUGUAGUAGGAAAUAUAAACAGAACAGUGUGGAGAAUAUGAAUUCUAAUAUUAGCGUGUAAAGGGUUAAGAGCCCAAGCAAUAAGAGCUCGAAUCUGAUGAGGAAAUUUACGCGCUAAUCUCACGAUAAAAGUUGCCAACUGUCACUGGGUGACAGCAACGUUUGAAUUCAUGGUUAGCCUGUGUACUCGAUAAUUUUCGUUCCUACCAACGCCUGAAUUAAUGGUUAGCCUGUAAAGUUAACUCGUUAUUUCUCGUUGUUAACUAUUAUUUUGUUUCUUACUGCGCUCUUUUCAGAGUGAUGUUCGGUCACAGGAUACUGUUUACGUUAUCGCUGGUGUAACCGGCAGGUAAGCAUUAGGUAGUUAGCAAAGAGAUCUGUCUAUGUGACGCAAGAUUCAGCACUUUGUAUCAUAAAUCAGUUUCAAUUUCAAUGCUGGCUUGUUUGUAUUACCUAGCCCUUGGGUGAGGCACUCGAAAACUGGCCAAGCCGCUUAAGUGUCCCAACAAAAUAAUGAACUCCGUCAAAGGAAGGAUAUUAAAGAGUGGAAACAGAUGAGAUAUUUACCAGUUAGGUCGUGGUAAAGGUUAUGAACGGUAUAAUGCAGAAAACAGAUUAUACUGGCAAACCUACUGUGCCAUGCAUCGAGCGUUUCCCGUACUGCUGCCGCAAACGUUAGUGUUCUUAUUGUACUGUGGUGAAAAGAGUUGAAUUAACCUGUCUUUGAGAAGACGAAAUAGUAAAAUCUGGAGGCGAAUAUCGCCCCUAUGUUUUAAUCCCAUUCCAAGAUUAAUCUGGGUACUCCUCCCUUGAAUGUUUCCGUAUUUCUUGAUUGAAACCCAGAUUUUUUCAUUUUUAAGUUUUCCGAUGCGUGAAUGUCCGUUACUGGUCUCGGACUGUGCAGUCCGAGACCAGUUAAAACGCAUUAAAGCGCUUCAAAAAAAAACCAAACAAAAAAAAAAAACAGUCAGAAACAAAAACAGUCAGACGAAAAAACAAAAUAACGAAACAAAAAUCCAGAUAUACAAAUUUUCCUUGUAUUUCCUUUGUUUGUUUUUAUUUUUAGUUUAGCAGGGCGUGAACUCGCGUGGCGGUUUGUCGAAGACAAUUGGGACAAGCUGUACACCCGUUAUGCAGGAGGACUGUUAUUCUCUCGUCUCAUAAAGGUAACUUUUGUUAAGGAAAAACUGCAUGAAGGAAAAUUAGUAUUAUUGAUAGGAUGAAUAAAACCUUUAGCCUCUCUCGGCUAGCGACGCUGAAGAGGUUUCGUUGCCGCAAAGCUAAAUUAUACGUUUGUCUUUUGUUCUUAGAUGACUACAGAUUCGUUUGCAACUGAAAAGAGCCUCAACGAAAUAAAGGUAAAGUGAAAAUAUUUGGGUGACGAAGACAUUUGUAAUAGGGCGAACGCUGACAUAAAUCAAAUCUAACAACGUCAUAUCGGAGAAAUGUUUUAUAUUGACGGAACCUCCUCGCGUUUAUUGAAUCUCAAUUCGUUUAUCAAACUUGAAAGCUCGCAAAAACUGAAAUACAAUUAAUUAAAAUAGGCCAUUCCCAUACAAUGUACGCUAAUCGAAAUGUCCUAAACUCGAACACGCGGGGCGUGUAUACGGACUAAUCGAAACAACACAAAAAUCCUAAGCGAAACAAAACUACCUUUGAUUGUACACGUUUCGGUAUAUGAAUACAAAAAUUAACAAGAUAACAUACCUCUUUCCCCGUUCUAUCAUUCAAAUAUUUCGACAAUCCUUCGAUCUAUCUUCUCUUCUGAAUUGACUUGCAAAUCACAUGUGUCUCGAGGCCGACUGAAACAUAAUGCCGACAGUUCGAAAGUAUGUCACGCAAAACAAAUAGGUAUUGAAAGUCACGCAAAUAACUAAAACUAGCUUUCGUUACAACAUUUUUUUAUUUUAUGGGUGCUUACGUGCGGCCAGGACUUGAUGUUUUCGCUGUAUUUUACGAGAGAUAACAGGGAGAAUUUAAGUUGUGAACACUUUAAACAGCUUUAAUCACCUCUUUAAAUCUUAGUGCAUAAAAUGUAAUUGUGCCUCGUGGUUUUCCCUUUCGUUUUGCAUUCCUUAACUUUCUCUGUAUUAUGAGCGGAUUCUCUUUACACACGCCGAGACUUUUCAUAUCUCUCAACGAACUACAAUAUUGAAUUGUUGCAAGAAAACAAUCGAAGAUUCAUUCAAUGCAGAGAAACAGUCUAAAACAUUCUAAUGUUACAAAGAAACCGCGGUUUGAACGUGGCUGGUUCGAACAGUCAUUUGUGACGGUCUCUGUAAUGUUUACUCGGAAAUCUGACUUAACUCUAUGAGGAGAGAUUUCAUCGAGUCAUUUAACAAUUAUACGGUGAAUUGAACUAGAAUCACAAACGGGCACGACUCCUCUGCCUCCCUGUGACCAAGCAUCAUGAUGAUUUUAACCAUUGAAAUUAAGCUGUGGCAUAAUUUCAAAGCAUGGUACGUUCAACGAAACAUAAUAUUGCAUAGCUUACCCCUCGUUUAAGUGUUUGUAGCAAAAUAAGGGUUUCAGACGCUUUUUAAAAUCCUUGGAGCAGUAGAUAGAAUUGUGCGUUAUACAAACCUUUCAAAAAGUAAGAAAGUAAAGUUAACAAACAGAUUCCAAGUUGCCGUGCGUCUGUUCAGUAAUAGAUCACAGAUGACGUCAAAAUGUGGUAAGAACAAAAAAGUGGCACACGAGGCGCAGCCGAGUGUGUCACUGAUAUUCUUACCACAUUUUGACGUCCUCUGCGAUCUACUACUGAACAGACGCACGGCAACUUGGAAUCUAUUUGUUUUAUAUAAUAAAGAAUUAAAAAAUAUGGAAAAAAAGUUUUAAUGAUGACGUCAUCUAUACGCCUGUCCUCCAAUAGAUCAUAAGUGAGAACCAAUCAGAAUGCGUGCAUAACCGAGCUUAUUAUAUAAAAAUAAAUAGAUAUUUCAAUAUCUGAUUUAUUUAAAAAGAAAUCAGUAAAUGAAUUAAAUAAAUAACAAAUUGCUAAACCAUCUGGACUGUCUAAAAAUAAAGUUCCCAGACAACAAUGAAGAUUAAGUUUACGUAACAGAUAAACAAUCUAAUGUUACGGAUGAGUUUUUCGAUUUUGAUUGGUCACGAACAGUUACUUGUGACGGACUUUGUUCAGUUUUCUCGGAAAUCGAAAUCAAUCCCUUCCAGGCGUCAGUUGUUUAUUUGAUUCGAUAACGUCUUUUCGUGUUUGUCGAUCGUUAUGGAGUCUCUUUUGAAAAACAUCAAGCAGCAAGUUACUUGCUCCAUUUGUCUGGAUACCUUCAAUGAACCUAAAAUUAUAUCGUGUUUCCACACGUUCUGCUGCGAGUGUUUGGAGAAACAUGCAAGAGUGAGCCAGAAAGAAGGAAAAUUUCGAUGCCCCGAGUGUCAGGCAGCGAUCGAUUUACCAGAAGGAAAUCGCUUUGACCGUUUGCCCAACAGCUUUUUCCACAAAAGUUUGUUGAGUCUUCUUGCCGUUCGACAAAGUGGUGAUGCAAGUAGCAUUACUUGCUCUCAGUGCCGGAAAACCAACCCUCAGAUGUACUAUUGCUUCGACUGCGGACGAUUCAUGUGCCUUGAUUGUUUCAAUGCGCAUCAAUUGCUGAAAGCAUCAUUUGAUGGGCACAAAGUCACGCCAGUUAAAGACCUGAAAGAAGAAGAUUACGAAGCAGUCCUAAAGCGACAGCCGUUUUGUUCACAAGAGUUCCACGAGAGAGAAGUCACACGAUUUUUUUGCUUGGAGUGUCAAGUUUGCAUUUGCCAAAUUUGCAUAGUUACGGAUCAUCAAAACCACAAAGUUGUUCUGCUCGACAAAGCAGCUCUCGAAGAAAAGGAUAACAUCAUGUGUGGUGCUAAAUUGAUGAGGAACAAGGAAAGUGAGCUUUGUGAAGUCAUCAGGCAAUAUGAGGAAACAAUUUCGACGCUGGAAAGGAACGUUGCAACAGCUAAGCGAGAGGUCUCGCGAGUAGCCGAAGAAAUUAUCGCAGAGAUUCGAGAGCGCGAGCGAGAAGCAAUCGAGUCCCUCGUGGCAACACACGUGUCAAUACUUAAGCGGAUCAACGCGGCUAAACAGGAAGUGGAAUCCCUGAUAAAACAAAUGAAGCAAGCGGCUGAGUUUGCAGAAAAUCUGGUUCAGAAUAGGUCGACCUCGGAUGUUAUGCAGAGCAAGGAAACUUUGAAGCAGAAAUUUGAAGAGCUUCGUGGAGUUGAAGUUCCAAAACAUCAACAAACGACAUUCGUAAAAUUUUCUGUGGCACCUCGUUUGGCGGACUGGAAACUGGGUGUUAUUGAGGUCACUCCGACAGCAGAUGCAAAGCAAUCAAGACUUGAAGGACUGGAUCAAAGUUUUCAGGCUGGUGUUGAAGCAGAGUUAACCUUAUGCGCUAAAACGUCCGAAGGGGAAACGAUAAACCAGGGUGAUCUCAAAGAUCAAGUGGAAUUUCUCAUAAAACCCGCGAAAGAUGUUAAUAAUGUGUUUGUUAACAAGAGAGAGAACGGCAGUCCUCAGCUAAAGUUUACACCCAAAUUUCCCGACUCCUACAGCAUUGAAGUAAGGAUUAACGGUGAUAAACUUCCGACCUGCCCUUAUACGUUAAAUGUGAAAGAACGUGAACUUGUUACCGUAGGCGAGUUGAACUUGAAGCUCUAUCCAAGAGACAUGCUUGGACUUUUGAGUGGAAUUGCUGUUAAUAAGGAAGGUAAAUUAGCUAUGGUAGAUACCAGUAGCCACCUUGUUUAUGUUUUUGAUAAAGAUGGAAACUGUGUGAGAAAACUUGGAAGCGAAGGAAAAAAACCAGGACAAUUUAAGCAACCAAAAAGCGUGUCGUAUUUAAAUGAUAAAGAGAUUCUUGUAGCAGAUUUUGGAAAUGAUAGAAUACAACACAUCGAUUACCAAACAGGGACUGUCGUGAAAAGUUUUGGACAAAGCGGUUCAAGAAAAGGAGAGUUAAAUGGUCCAUAUGAUGUUCGUUUGGAUGAUGAAGAGCGCAUUGUUGUAACUGAUUGGGGCAAUCAUAGAAUACAGGUGAUGUCAAAAGAGGGAGAAUCUAUUUUUACAUUUGGAGACAAAGGCCCAGAGAAACUCAGCUAUCCAACCUGCUGCAUUCCUUACAAAAAAAUAUUUCUCGUAUGUGAUGGAGUCAAUCACUGCAUAAAGGCUUUUGAUCAGUCAGGAACAUUCUUAUACAAGUUUGGCAAGAAAGGGAAUCAAGAUGGAGAACUGAGUUGGUCGAAGUAUCUGCUUGUAGACAGCUUCAAUAAUCUUUUUGUAUGUGACACUGGCAAUAACCGGGUACAGCAGUUUUCUCUAGACGGUCGCUUCACAGGCAAAAGUAUCGCUCAUUUGCCAUGCCCUUGUGGAAUUGUAGCAACACCAGAUGGACGUAUUCUCGUGGCAAGUGAGCGGGAUAAUAAAGUAUUCAUUUUGAAGUAAAUAUGUUUCAGUCCCGUCUGCUUUUACGGCAUACAGGUGGUUUAUACGAUUUAUCGUUUACCAAAACGGUGGAUUUCAAUUUGACUUAUUCCCGUUCCUAUAAAAGGGAUUAAAUUUCGUAAAAAGAUACCAAACCGUUUGCUCUUAUACAAGCUUACAAAUUGCAGAACAUUAAGGCUGCAAAACGAAAUACUUAGAGGAAUACUUGUAAGGUAUCUUUAGUUUAUCAUGUAGUCAUUUUUUGGUCUUGUCACGCAUCAUACGUUUUUCAAGAAGACAACGCCGUGCUUGACAAGACUGAACAACUCAAGGAGACAAGUAAGCAGCAUAUUAAAAUGUUGUGUUACUGAUAAGUAAAGCAUCUGUCACGUGUUGUAGUGACAGGAGCUGCUCUCAGUCAAGGCUAAAUCUUCCUCGCAGUUAUUUCUCGGACGUCACGAAAUCCGUGAUACUAGAGAGCUUUAGAUUUAAUUACGAGCGCGACUUCGACUACAUGUUUUGGCCGAGAGUAGAGUGGCACUAGUCUUUCGUAAUCGUCGUCUGCCGUGACGAAUUUGCAACUUGCUCCACACAAGAGCGAAGCUUUUUAAGAAUCAUCAGAAUACUUCACAAAUAGAUGUCAGGCCUUACUGAAUACACCUUUUUUACAAUUCUCUGCCAAGUCUUUUGUAUUCCUAAAAAAGUUUUAUCUGGAAAGAGGAGAAUUUUGACUUACCUUUCAACUCGUAGUGCGACUACGGGAUUUCCAGAAAAACUUGUAGCUAGAGACGAGGCAGCUACGACUUUUUCAGAGUUUGCAUGACCUGUCACGUUGUGAGGCAUGCGCACUACUCCUAAGGAAGAAAUCUCGUAUACGUACUCGUACUCGUAGUCAGUUCUAAAGCCCUCUAAUGUUAGAUUACAACAACAGUGUCCCAGAUGAAAACUAGUGAUAGAUGUGAGUUUCAGUCCAACUCUUAUUAAUGGAUGUUUUUCUCAGUCGUUCCGAGUUCUACUUGUCCAUGGCUUGUAAAUAGGCAACUGUUUUCGUAUAUGGCUACUGUCAGCGGUGAUUUUGAUUAUGUUUCUGGAAGAUUAUCAGAGAGGAUUUCCUUUAUAAUUAGUUAGGCUGGAUUCGUUAGGUGCCAUUGAAUUAUGUAAAGAUAAGUGACAAGUUUUUCAUUUUUAUAGCUCUUAACGUCACCAUAUUUUGUUAAUGUAGCUGCUUUUGAUUGACGCGUGAAAUUUGUGCAAGGUUUUUAAUUUACUACGUUUCACAAAUUUGUAUAUAAUUUUUACAGUAUUUGCCUAGGGUUAGUGUAACUAGCUUUUCUAUCUUUUUUGAUCAUUAAUAUUUCUGUACACAAUAUAGAUCAGAAAUCCCAGUGUUUCCCCGUGUUACGGAAAUUGUGAGGGAUGUUCAGUUUAUAAGUUCAAGUGACGAGUUGUGAUUUAUUGAUUUUAAGUUUAGAUAUGGAGUCGUUCCUUUUGUAAGGGAUAUGAUGCAGUUUGUCAAUUUCUGUACAUGACUUUUUCUUUGGUAUUAAACUGAUCAUAAUGAAGAGUCUUCCUUUGUUAUCUUUUUGUUUGCCUGCGGUCUCCCUUUUUUCUCCCCAAGGAUAACAGUAGGAAGUUUUUUCGUAAUUUUAAAUCAAUUUUAAUGACUAAAUGAUUUAACUUAAGACUACAAUUGUAAAUGUUGAUCGAAAUUUUAACUUGAGCUCGUAAAGUUUUAGGUCAAAAUCUCUUUAAAAAACUAAUGUUCUCAAACGUAAACAACAUUCCACUGCUUAUUUUAUUUCUUUUUUAGGGGGGGGGGGGCUUUAAGAAAAUUGUGGAGAAUAACCUAUAUUACCCUUAAAUUUCUUUAUAAAAAGGAAAAUUGGUCUAUUUUAAAUUUAUUAUUAAUGGUUUGCCAUAACAAUGUCAUAUGUGUUAAAUCGUGUAUACUGAUGGAAAAGGGUUGGAUAGAAGGAGUCCGCUGCAGUUUUUGCUUCCUCACUACCUCCCGAUUCAAGUUGACGAUUUCUUUUGGGAAGUUUGAAACUUUGCAGUUCGUCCCGUGCGGCUGAAUGCAUGGGAUUACGCAUUAAGAGAAGAAUUGUAGCCCUUUUCCCCCCCCCCCCCCCCUACGAAUGAGUCAUGAUCAUGAGAUCGUGUCAUGACGGCAUCAUCGUGGCAAUUGGAACGGUAAUUCGUCAGCGGAAACCGUGUAUUGAAACGGAGAAAGUUUUACAUGUGUAUAUUUGACAAAAUGUAUUCUAGGCUGAUUGGAAAAAGUAUUCGUCUCAAAGUUUAUUAGCAACAGUAAUUUUCAAUAUGAUGGAAAUUAUACAAUUUGACAAAAUGUAUUCUUCCAGGCCCGAUUGGAAACGAGGGCAAUUUGGAAAAUUUCGUCUCAAAAUUUAUUAAUAGUACAGGUCUCAAUUUUUUAUACAAGGAAAAUCAUGAGUCUAUUUUUAUCUAAGCAACGGAUUAGCAAUCAAAUUAGCCAAUCAACAACAGGUAAUCAUGCCUUCUCUUGAUUACUAAAAAUGCCCUCGAUUAAGAAAAAAAAAUGCUGGACUUUUGCCAUUGAUAACAAGUAAUUGCCAAAUUCAUAGGGCUGGACUCAGUGAUCUACCAAACAGCUUCCAAUGUAAAGAGAGCUUCAAAACCUAAGCGACGCAUCUUCUGAUUGUUCUAUUUUUUUUGUUUAUUGACGACAGGAUUUCUUUUACAAGCACUCCGUACCAAACGCCCAGCGAACUGUUCAACAAUCACUGGAGAACAUACACCUGAAUAUCACAUGGUUAUCACGUGAUGCAGACCGUGUAAGAGCCUGGCUUCAAGGCAAGGGAUAUUAGAGGAGCUCGCUCAUGGUGCAAGAAUAAUUUACGAUCCGUAUAAUUUCUCUUCAUCACUGACCACCCUCAUAUUACUUUCUUUCUUAUUACAUAUCGUUUGCUUUUUCCUGUAGAUAACCUAAGAUUUUGUUUUGAUUGGAAAAAAAAAUUUAGGUUGCAUUAACGUAGCAUGUUUGCAACGAGAUCAGUUCUUUAAUGAGGAAUAAAAGUUGUUAUCGUUGGCUGAACCAUAAUGUGUAACCAUUCGUUUGUAACAGUCUUAAGGAGGGC